AUGGAAACAUUCUCACAAACUCGUGGAAAUUUAAGUUUUCCAGCUCUGCCAUUGUCUGAGGUUAAUGAAUCUGAAGAUGAGGAGGAUGAUGAAGAAUCAGAUGGAGACUCAGGGGAGAAUACAUAUGAGGAAGGGGUAUCAGAAACAUGGUUCAAUCGGGACAAUUUGGAAGGGCUUGAAGAAGGUGAGAUAGGAAUGGAAGGAAUUGCAACCACCGGAAACGUCGCCGGCGGCGGGAUUCAGUUGCUGGUAGUGGAUGGAAGCUUGAAAGAUGAUGACCUCGGGGAUGCAUUAAUUGUGGAAGCCCAAUCGUCUGAGAAUGUGGAAGUCCCAUAUAGCCUAAUCUCAGAGAUUGUAAACUCCAUUGAUCUAAAAAUUGCAAUUCCUACUGCAAGUAGUAAUGGCGAUUUUGUCAUAUCUCGAUCCUCCUCAGAUGAAAUCUCAAGUAUUAUUAAAAUUGGAAAUGAUAUGGGUUUUCAAAUUGGUGUAAACAAUGUCGAUAUUUUGGAAGAGGUACUGGAUGUGGCUGCUGUGGGCGAAGGUGCUUUACAUAGAACCAAAUGA